AUGCGAAAAUCGCUCAGCCAAAGUCUGUCUUCUCCUCUCUUUUCCCACAUCCGCCCCCUUUCAAUCGAGGCCGUCUCACCUCCAAGUCUGCCAGCCAUCCGGGAACACGCCCUCGAGAUGAAAGCCAAGAGUUGGCCCGGCGUUUUGUGCCCGCCAGGCCAUCAGAUUAACUUAAUUAUCCCGAAUAAACAGGCCUACAUGUGCCAGGCUCGCGAGAGGAUUCAUGCUGAAUCCAAUGACGGCGGCAAUGUAGCAAGUCAAAAGUGUCUGUAUGUCUGGUUGUUAGAGUGA